AUGCUGCUGCCGCCUUGGGAUGACUCCUACCCAACGUGGGAAGGCCGGAAUCAUCAUGCUGGCUUAUACGCUGGUGUGGUGCGCUCCAUGACACUGUAUGGUGCACCCAUAUUAGUGGACGCUCUCACCGUGAAGACCGCAGAUAGUCAUAGCGGUGAGAGCGAUACGAGGUUACCGCGUACGGUCUCGUGGACGGCGGUGACACUUCCCGCGAACGACCCACCCUGGGAUCUCCAGGCGGAGAUGGGAGGAGGACCUGGUGUCUCCAUCAGUAGGCCAGGCGACAGUGAAGGCGAUCCACCCCCACUUGAGUCACUGCAAGAAAAAGCGACACACUUAUUAAAUGGCUGUUUCGAAGACAUCAAGGAUUUAUUUUUCAAGCACGCAAUUGACUGUAUAGCAGUUAUCAUUUACAAACAUGUUCCUUGUGGCACUCUCAUCACGGUCAUUUCUACAACCACUCAUACGGAGCCGUUAAAUAGGUUAUUGAGCGAUAAAAACUGUUACAAUUUUAUUGAACGAUCAAUACAAACACAAAAAUGGCUCAUCAGUUCUGAUGUUUAUAUAAUGUCUUUAAAAAACAGUAGCCAACUAUACUCAAGUUUGAAAGAGUUAUCAAGAGAUACAGCGUGGAAUCCAACAGCACAGUUUAUUAUAAUAAUAUAUGACUCAAAAUGGUCAGAAUAUGAUGAGAACUUUAAAUUACUCUUGAAAUUCAACAUUUAUAAUAUUCUUCUGAUUACAAAUUCGGAAAAUGGUGGAUUCAAACUAAUUACCUAUAACCCAUUUAAAAAAAAUUCUUGUGGAAAAUCCUUCGAUAAAAUAAUAAGUAAAAUAAAUAACUGCGAAGUUGUGGACACUAUCAGAGUGAACUACAAGCAUUUAGAAGAUAAAUUUCGUAAUUGUACAAUCACUAUCGCCGCGCUUGAAUAUGUACCACAUUUUAUGACGGAAUCAAACAAGGAAUACGCCUUUUUGGGAAAAAAAUUGUAUGGCAUAGAGCAACAGAUGCUUGCAAAUAUCGCGGAACGAGAAAAUAUAACACUAAAAUAUAUUAUCAAACCAAACCAUAAUGACCCCGGGGUCGUUUUACCUAAUUUUACUGUUACUGGCUUCUUGAACUAUUUACAAAAUGAUUCUGCCAGUAUUGUUGCUGGAGGAUAUGCACAGAUGAAGAAUCGUCUUGAGAUAUUUGAUUGCAUUUGCGGAUACGGUUACGGAACGUUGUUCUUAUUUACACCAGUCCGAAGUGACAUUAGUUGGAAAACAGUUUAUCGACCAUUUAGCGUUACUACUUGGAGUUUGAUUUGUCUUUCAUUUGUUUUUGUUUCUAUUGCAACUAUUUUAAUCAGUCGAUAUUUUGGAGAAGGUAAACUUGAUAAGAACUUACCGCUUAAAUUAUGGGGAUAUAUUUUUGGAAACACUAGCUAUAAAUUGUCACGCCUGAAAAAAUUACGAAUGGUUGUCAUUGUAUGGAUUUGGUUUACAUUUUUAAUCUCCAGUUUUUACAGCACAGCUUUAUACAGUUUAAUUACAGCCCCAGAAACCAGACAAGAAACGUUUACUCCAAAUAAUUUGGGCUCUUUACCAUUGAAGCCCUGUAUAAGCAAUGGCAUUUUUUUGUUCUUUAAAAAUACUUACAACUUCAGUUUCUUUGAAAAAUCUCCUAGUAAAUGUCAACAAUAUAUAACAUUAGAUAUAGUAGCAAAUAGCGAUUUAUUUUACACUAUUGAAAUCGAUUAUAAGUAUUAUAUCAGAAAGUUUAAAUAUAUCGAUGACAAGGGCAACAAUAAAUUGAAAAAGGAUCGCUUUGGAAAUGAUGUAAUGUUUGCUAUGUACACAAAAAAAGGAUUCCCAUUAUUAAACAAAUUUCAAAAAUAUGCUCACUACCACUUCGAAACAGGAUUAUUGAAAAAACAAUUAGAAACAAUAUAUCACUGGUAUAACAUAAGAGAAACCAAACACAUCGGCCAUACAUUUAAGGUCAUUGUUUUAUCCGAAUUUAGAGUUCACUUCAGUAUAUUGUUCCUUGGUUACAUGCUUUCCUUCAUUUGUUUUAUUAUUGAACUAAAUAAAAGCUAUCUUAAAAAUAUAUAUUAUAUAUAA